AUGGGGGACGUCGAAGUGAUUCCCCCUUCCAUCCUGCUCCCUGCUUCGAGCCCAGUGACUCAGACAGGCAAUGCUUCAGCUCAGCUGUGCUCUAACAUAGGCAGCGUCCUCAACGUCCGAUCAAUCGGCUCGGCCGCGGCACAGCCACAGACUGUCACUUUUGAGGAACAAGUUACGCCGGAGAUCUCCGACAGCAUCAAGCCCAAGAAAAAGAAGAAGAAUAGCAAAAAGCCCAAGAGCAAGCGUGGUCUGGGCAAGCCCACAGGGUUUGAGGAGUACUAUGGUGACGCUCCCAUGACACCUGCUGAGCACGAAGCAGAGCAGGUUCUAUAUGAUCCGUCGCGGCCCAUCAGACAUCGGAUCGAAGAUGCUCUUCAGCGCUACCAGGGCAAGCGUCGCCUUGAGAACAAUCGGAGGGCUAUAUUCUUAAAAUACCUGGCUUACGGGGGCGUGGAUGUCUCUCCCCGAAUGUUCGUGGGCUCAGACCAGAAAGAUCUUCAGGAGCUGGACAGCGAGCAGGUCCUUCAGGCUAAAACUCAGUCUACCAUUGAGAAUGACACCGCAGAGCUCACUAUCGACUUUGAUGCUGUAGUUCGCGGCUACCUGACUUCUUACUUCCCCUCUUACUUCAACCCGGAAACCGAGGACAUGGUCAAGCUGGGUACGGUCACCAUUCGCAACUUUCUGUCCUACCUACUCUACCACGAUGUCUGCCCAGAACACAAGGAUAACAUCGACCAGGCUCGAAAGUCGUGCGACAUUGCCACUACGGAGCUUUGGAAGAACCAGCAAUUCAUGGCCAAAGGGCCCGGUCAAUUCAACAAAGCCUGUUCGACGCUCUUCGGGGGCUAUCUCUAUGACUUCAACCUGGAGGGGGAUUUAGAAGGCCCAUGGGCGGACGGUCCUCCGAUGACUAGGAGCAUGGCAUACAGAGUGGUCAAACUCGCCCUCGUUGGGGCCGCAUCCGACGAAGUGGCGCGCAAGUUUCGAGACAUAGACCUCCAGGGUGAUGUACGCGCAAAGCGUGUAGAGGACAUCGACGGUUUUGAGAUCAUGACGGUUGGACCCCCGAAUGAUGAUGCUCUCGAUUUCUACAAGGAAUAUGCCUUCGAUCUCAUUCCUGCCGGCAAAAUCACUGCCAAAGCAUACUGGGACCCAGCGAAGGCUUCCUAUGAUAUGACUGCGGAGGAGAGCAAAGCACGUGAGCGAGACUCGCCUCCGAUCUUCAAGUUCUUCUUGGAGCAAACCCUGCUGCAGCUCUGCUACCCAGGCAUGAAGGUGAUCACACCGGUGUGGAAAACAAACGUUGGCUUUCACUACUUCGAAGAAACCUUCAAUGCCUAUGGCACCAUUUACACGGUCCUUGCUAAUGAUCUGAUGAUGGGUUGGAAGAAGCCAAAGCCGAUCAAGGACACCGCGGAUGGGGAUGAAAUGGAGGCGGACGAGAUUGAUGCAGCUGGGCAGGACGGUGAGAUUGCAGACUUGGAGGAUAUACUCUAA